AAAAAAGUUUGAAGUGCUUUGGAAGCUAUACAGGAUGCAAUCCAAUGAUUGACAUCACAAAAGAAGAAAGAUAAUCCUUUCACUUGAAAGAUACAACCCAAAACUUAGAUCAAAUCAGAUCCUCAUAUAAUUAUAAUCCAGUUGGACCAAAUAACCUAAUUUCAUGUCCUCUUCCCUGAGAUGAUUUCGAGACAGUUGCCAAGAAAAAGUCCCAAAUUAGAGACCGAUACAUACGAGACGCCUCUUUUUCACUGGCCUUCGUGUCCGAUUGGCUCCCUUUCCCUCAACUUCGAUGGAGGAGAGGCGGAGAAUGGCGACUCCAGCCGCAGCUGGAAGAGACGAACAGCAAUGGAAGAAAAAGAAGAAGAAGACGAAGACGGCGGGAGGGAGGUGGCCGCAGAUCAAAAGCAAGAGGGAUCUCCAAAUCAAUCGCCUCAAAGGCAGCAGCAUCUUUACGCAAAGUCCUUCAUUGAAGCAGCAGAGUCUGUGGGAUUCGUGCACCAAGGGAGCUUGGGUCCAGCCAAAGGUGAAGCCUACCGAGACAAUGAACGCAUUUCUGUCAAUGACCCUGUUCUUGCUGAAUGCAUAUGGGAGUCAGGCCUGAAAAAAGUAUUUGAUGAUAUCAAAGUUCAGGAAAAAGUGGCUGUAGGUCUGAAUCCAAAUAUUAGAUUCUACAGUAGGAGCGAGCACCAUCUGUGGACACGAGGGCGAUUCUGAAGCUUGGGGAUGGACGGGAAUUUAAUGGCGAAUCAGCCUUCCCAUCAACCAUGCUGCCUCUCGUGGACCCCCAAGAUGCUUUUGGGCCAAGCUGCAGCUCCUUCUCCAAUGCCACCUCAAUCAAGGGGAAGGUAGUGGUCUGUGACCUUACUGGAGGUUCCAGGAUCAACAUGGGCACUGGGGUUAAGAUGGCGGAUGGCGCAGCAAUGAUAAGACCAAAUACUGGGGUUACUGACGGGUAUACCACCCUUGCUGAAGCUCACAAUCUCCCAAGCAUCGCAUGUUAAUUAUGUCGAUGGAUCGAAGAUCAAAUCAUACUUCAAUUCGCCUCCAUUGUUUUCAAGGGCACAAUAAUCGGAACUUCUCCAGCUCCUACCAUCGCUUUCUUCUCUCUUCGCCCGGGCGUGAACGUUCUUGCGACAUGGCCAUUUCAAGUAGGACCGACUUCCAGAAAUCGAAAUGAAAUGACCUAUAAUCUCGUGUCCGGGACCUCCAUGUCAACCGCCAUCUUAGCAGCGUUGCAGCACUUAUCAAGAGUACACAUCCAGCUUGGUCACCUGCAGCAAUCAAAUCAGAGAUCAUCACAACUUCCGACAACUUGGACGAUGAUGGGAAGCCAAUGAAGGAUGAACAACUCCAAAAGGCUAGCUUUCUUGCAGUGGGCGCUGGCCAUGUUUGAACCCCUCGAAAGCAGUCGAUCCAGGUUUAGUGUGCGACCUGGACGGGAAGGAUUGCAUAGCUUAACUUUGCGGGCUGGGAUACGCAGCCAGGCAAGUGGAAGUGAUCGCUAGACGCAGUGUUGUCUGCAGAAAUGUCAAGAAGAUCGAAGGAGAGUUGAACCAUCCAUCGAUAAUGGUGCAUUCAGAUCGCAGCGUUUCAGUUAAACGCCGCGUGACGUGUUGGGAAGGCAAACUCAACGUACAGAGUCAAGGCGGACAUGCCCAAGAGCGUCUCAGUAUGCGUAACACCUGCGAAGAAAAGCUUCACAGUGAGCUUGAAUUGGAGAUCCAGAACCCGGCUCGGUAUUGUUAAAAAAAAGAGGUAGGCGGAAUUCAGUCAAAAUGAUAUAGAUCACCCAUUUUUCUUGCGCCAAAGAUCUUACAUUUUUGAAAAAACUGGAGAUACAUUUUUUUUUUUCAAUUUUCAUUCAAGAGUUUCUAAAUGUUUCUACGCCCAGCAGCGUAGGCCAUGCUGAAAAAAAUUGAGAUGGAUUUCAAAAAA